AUGGCCAGCAUUCGCCACGGCUCGGCCCAGGAGUUUGUUCGAGCGCUGAAGGCAUCGUCUGACCCUCCCCACCCUGGCGGCCCGACAAAGAUCCAACUCGCACAAGAGGCUUGGGCUAACACAACACUCUCUUUGCCGAACAAGGCCGAGGUUGUCGUGGAAUGGCUUCUGACGCGUCUUUUGAGGGACAAGGAGACAGACACAAAUUGCAAGCUUGAUCUCCGCUACUGGAAGCUUCUUUCCGAUGUCAUUUUCUCCGCGAAUGUCAUGUCUACGAACACGAGCGGGUCAGCACGCGCGACCAAAACCUGGCUUCUUCCUCUGCUGAACCGCACGCCUCUUGCUCCGAUCACAACCUCAUACCUCUCAUUAUCGGCUCGCCUUGACGUUGACAGACGCGUCGCAUUGAAUCCAUUUGUGUCGCGGUGUCUGACUGUCCUGUGGCCUUUGGCAGUGCCUAAAUUCAGCCCAGAAGUCCUUCUGGAAUGCUUCGGAGCAUUGCUUGCACAUAUCGUGGAGACAUCACUCGAUACGACAACUUUGCUCGAUCAGCAAAAUGUGCCGGCGGCCCUCUUGAUCGUAUCUGCAUAUCAAAGUGGAUUUAGCAACUCGGCAAACAAGAAGAAGCUGUAUUUGUCCUUCUUGCAGAAUCAUUUUGGUCACUGGCUGCAAUGCAUCGGCGGAGGAGAUAUCAGUGAGCUGGAGAGAAGCCUUGUCUCUAUGAUAUAUUCAGCGGGUGUCGAGACUCUGUUGAGUGUCGAUGUCUUGCGUACGUUGGACGAUACAAAAUGUGAUCUUGCGCUCAAAGAAGCGCUCCUCACCUCAACGUCUCAAAUGCCGGACGUGGUACUGAAAGUCAUUCCGCGCCUCUUCGGAUCGUUCAUCCAAUCGAUUAAACGUAAUAAGAAUGCCUUGUUCAGCCAGAGCUCAAAACAGACAUCUGGAACUUUGUCUCUUCAAACUCAAACGGCAGGAGCGGCAUUCUUCGCCUUGUGCGAUGAACUUCUGGUGUCGGACAGUGGACAUAGAACCGCGAGUGUAUGGCCCACUAGAAUCGCUUUACUUGCCAUCGUCGACGGAGAAGCCAUAUACGACGUGAGGGAUGAGAAUGCCACGCGUAUUCUAAGGCAAAACAGUGACCUAGCUGUGGAAGCUCUCAAGUCGGCCUGGCGAGAAGGGGAAGCGGCACAAACGGGCUUUGCUUUGGUGGUAAUCACUAUCAUCACGCACAUCGAUUACGAGCUCGUAUCGCCGGCCUUGACUAUCAUCUGGCCCAGGCUCGCGAUGGUACCCAACUGCAGCCAAGCUGCUCUUGAAUACUUGGGCUUGCUAUUGGAUUACCAUUCCAAGACGCGAACUAUCAACUCGGUCAUCUUGUAUUGGUUCGAUGCUUUCACAACGGAGAGUCUCCUAGCUGUCCCGGGACAGCCUCGCAGCUUCUAUCGGCUUGUUUCGUCCAGUCCGUUGCUCUCCGUUAGCUUCUUCGACCGAUUAUCUGCCGCCAUCCAAGGUUUCCUUACCCCCGGUCAGGUUGUGGAGGUGGUGGAGACGGCAUUACAUCGCUUCCGGGCUGCAUAUGAACUAUUCCAGGAGCAACAGAAGAUGAAAGACGCGGAUCAUGGAACGGGCGCACGGAAGAAACGGAAGAAGGAUUCCUUACCUUGCGCAUCUAGUGAUGCACCUGUUGACCAGGACUGGGCAGCUGUGACGUUCUCAUUGGUAGGCCGCGCAACGAUGCUCGUCUUGAGCUCACUGCCUAUGCAUUCGGUCCUGGAGGAUAUUCGGUUGGAGAUACGGAACGCUAUCAGUGAAGCAUAUGCAGCAGUAAUACCCACUGCAGUGAAGAGAGCCUUCAAGGCAAUCAAAGUAGACGGUCGUCAAGAUACGUGGGCAACGCAAAUUGUGGCGGCGGCGGCGCUGCGCGUGCAUUAUGGUCUCACCUCAGCUUCCAAGCUACAGCUCGAUGUGCAACUUGAUGCGGGCCUCAUGGAGAAGUGUCCAGAUAUCACAAAUGCGGAGAUCCUUCCAGAGCUUUCUCUUGAGCUGGCUCGUGUGCGCUUGAACGAAGCUGUCGUUGAUAUCGCGGCGCACAACGCCGUCGUGCGAGAGUGUUUGAGGUAUUUGACGAAGCAUCUCAACAAGUCCAUCGCCAAAUGGAGCGGCAAGGUUCAACAUCUCGCGGACGAGAAUAGUCAAGGGGCUGCCGCCGUUGCCAUCCUCCAUGUUUUGUUGACGAGAAAGAUGCCUUCGGUGAACGCGCUUGCCACGGCCGACCAAUUGAAAGAACUUGCGGCAUUGAUCGUCGAUAACCUGGUUGACUCGCGCUCAUUAUCCCUAACAAGUGACUUCUUGAGCACAGCUACGAUAGUAAGGACCGCUCUGCACAACGCGGAAAUCUGGGAGCUUCAUCGAUUCAGAGAUGCUCUCCUUGCUAAGCUUGACGCUCAGACGUCGGACCUCGAUGGCAUCAACCUAGAAACGCUUUUGAAGAGUGAUGGUGCUAUGCCUCACGUUCGCCACGGGGACCAUGCAAGGCUUUAUGCGGUCUUCGAGAUUCUCUUGUAUAUCCCUGGAGAAUAUCUCCUACGCAGUACGCGCGCAGAUUUCCGACGAAGAGCGUUGGCUUGCGAUGUCUCUCUAGGGACGGCGCGUAAUGCUGGGGAUAAAGACGACAGCACGAAAGCCCACGCGCUGUUCGUUCUGCGUGAGUUCAUACGCCGCACGCUCACAGAGGUGGGCAUCUCAGACUUGGCAACGGAAAAGUUAUAUUAUGACUAUCUCGUGGAGCACCCAUUGGGUGCUUCUUCUGGUCAUACCGCUUCGACUUCGCUCGUCGCUGUCACAUUGGACCUUACCGCGCUGCAGCUGAGCUUCUUCGUGAAGAACGCUCAGAAGGGUGACGACGCGGUGGUUGUCGACAUUGUGCAAGCCUUCACACGAAUGGUUGGUCUGCUGCAGGGGCAGCGACAAUCGCCUUCUCACCAUGCCGUACGUGAGAAGAGCUUGCUUCGGUUCAUCGAUAUACUCACAUCUGAGCGAUUGAUCGCUGUCUAUUCGACGCGAAUGUUGCAAUGGGCGCAGGAAGGAGCCAAUAUGAGUCCUGACCUUUUGGAUCAAGUUGACUUACUCCGAUCAUGGUCUCGCGUUCUAGCUUUGGAUCGGUGGCUGCAGGUUGACACUACUGGGAUGCCGAAAUUUGCCCGGCCUCUUGUCGCUCGGUUACUCGCAGGUACUGGUAUUUCCAAUCCAGCGGACACGUGUCAUUGUGUUUUGGAUCUGUUGUUGGAAGAAUUGAGCGUGCAUGUGAACGAGCAACACCAAGCGCAUCUGGGAUACAUCAUAACGGCCUACCUCGCAUCAUGUCGCCUGUGCGGCCCUAAAGAAGUGGAGCUAUUGAAUGCAAGGCUGGCAAUAGCAUCCAGAAAAUUGACGUCGGAAGACUUCUCCUACAUAUUGGAGUUGGUAUUUGAGGCCCUCUCGGCUGGUGCUGGCCAUUCAAUAGGCGAUCAGAUCUGCUUCAUUCGCCUCUCUGCUUUACUGUUACACGAAGCUCCGGAAGGUACCGCAAAGAUCACAGGGAAUUUCAUGACGAGAUGUCUCAACAUGGUUGCCGAUUGCUCCGACUACCUCCAAUCGCCUGCUCUGCGCUGUGAGGUUCUUGGGUUAUUGAGCCGACAUCUCAAUGAUCGACCCGUGUCCAUUCGCAUUGCGGACAUGUCCACCAUCUGGUCAAUACUAGGACAGCUUCUCGCCCAAUCAGAUGAGCAUGAUCCUAGCACAGAACCGGCUGUCUUCCAUGAAAUCGUUGCCAUCCUCAGCGGACUUAUCCGCCUGCGCCGCGAUCUGGUUACUAAAACUCUACCUCAUCUUGGUAUGGUUCUGCGGCAACUCACCAGCUCAUUGCGGGCUCCGCGUCCACAGCUAGCAGCUAAACAAACCAAGAUGGUCGCGAGUACCCUUCCAAGAUGGAUCAAUGUCCAUCAGCCACUAUCAGCCGAGGAGAGUAAGACCUUGGCAAGAUUGAUAACAACACUGACGACGAAGACUAUCGUUCGCACCCACAAUCAAGCUGCUGAGCUUCAGAAGCCCGCGUCGCUAGCACGUCCAUUCUCGAAGCACGGCGCGUAUGUUUUAGUGGCAUACGUCGAGGCAGUCAAUGACCCGCUUUGCCAUGUCUCGACACAAGUACGCAAGGAGUUGCAGCCUGGCUUGUUUGCGCUUUGCGAUAUGCUCGGGGAACAUAUUCGCGACGCCAUCAUGGUUUCUGCUCUUGACUCCGGCGGAAAGGCGACGAUGAAGGCAAUUUGGAGAGAAUACGAGAAGCAGAGAUACAUCGGGAAGGGCUAG